CUGAUUUUUUGCAACAACAAGAAAUAAAGCAGGCUACUGGCAAUUUGGAGAGCAAGGGAAAUGAAGCUCCCUAUUUUCACAGUAGAUGCAUUUACAGCAAAAGCAUUUCACGGGAAUCCUGCUGCUGUUUGUCUUCUGGAAAAUAAAUUGGAUGAAGACAUGCAUCAAAAAAUUGCAAGAGAAAUGAACCUCUCUGAAACUGCUUUUAUCCGAAAACUGCACCCAACUGAUAACUUUACGCAAAGUUCCUGCUUUGGAUUAAGGUGGUUUACGCCGGCGACUGAGGUUCCUCUCUGUGGCCAUGCUACCCUGGCUUCCGCAGCUGUGCUGUUUUACAAAAUAAAAAAUGUGAAUAGCACUCUAACCUUUGUCACUCUGAGUGGGGAACUAACGGCCAGAAGAGCACAGGAUGGUAUCAUCCUGGAUCUGCCUCUUUAUCCAACUCACCCCCAGGACUUCCAUGAAGUGGACGACUUGAUAAAGACUGCCAUAGGUGAUACACUGGUCCAGGACAUCCGCUAUUCUCCAGAUACCCGAAAGCUCCUUGUCCGGCUCAGUGAUACUUACAAGAGGUCAUUUUUGGAGAACCUGAAGGUGAACACACAGAAUCUUCUGCAAGUGGAAAACACAGGAAAGGUGAAAGGACUCAUUCUCACCCUUAAAGGAGAGCCUGGAGGGCAGAGCCAAGCAUUUGACUUUUACUCCAGAUAUUUUGCACCAUGGGUUGGUGUGGCUGAAGACCCUGUAACAGGGUCUGCCCAUGCCGUUCUCAGCAGCUACUGGUCUCAGCAACUGGGGAAGAAAGACAUGCAUGCCUUUCAGUGUUCCUGCCGAGGAGGAGAACUGGAGAUUUCACUGCGUCCUGAUGGACGAGUUGACAUUAGAGGUGGCACUGCUAUUGUUUUAGAGGGCACUCUGACAGCCUAGAGGUGGUUGUGGUUCCAUGCUGCUAUUUUGAAUGACUAAGUAUUUUCUGUGUAAAAAGAAAUGUGAGAGGAUGCUUUUACCAAAUUCACGCAGAAAUUAAUCCUCAUGUUAGAAAUAGAAAAAUGAAGACAUUUUAAUGGAAAUUUAAUAAUGCUUCCUGACUAAUUAACUAAUGGAGUUUCGGCUCUACCCAUAUUUGAAGUGUAAGUAACCAGUAAUGAAGACUAAUGUCGUCACCUUUGAUUAAGACUACCAAUCACAGAAUGAGGAACAAAUUUAUGAGGAGUAAGAUCAAACCAUUUAAACUUAGGUGUGAGUAUCUGAUAGAAUACUUUGCAGACAUUAAAAAGACCUAAUAACUAUGUGGAAAUAUAGAAAAAUAUCUCAUGAUAUAGUGCUAAGAAAGGAAAUUACAGCGGACUAUAAAAUGUUAGCAAUGUUA